GGGGCUGGGGUGGCCACAAGUGACAGUCGGCGGCGCGUCCCCUUCCAGCGGCCGGGGCUGCGGAGCCGCCCUGGGGCUGCUCCAAGAUGCACGGGACCACGCGGGUGAAGAUCACCGAGCUGAACCCCCACCUGAUGUGCGCCCUCUGCGGCGGCUACUUCAUCGACGCCGCCACCAUCGUGGAGUGCCUGCACUCGUUCUGCAGGACCUGCAUCGUUCGCUACCUGGAGACCAACAAGUACUGCCCCAUGUGCGACGCGCAGGUGCACAAAACGCGGCCCCUGCUCAGCAUCCGGUCAGACAAAACCCUCCAGGACAUCGUCUACAAGCUGGUCCCGGGGCUUUUCAAAGAUGAGAUGAAGAGGAGGCGUGACUUCUACGCCGCGUACCCGGUGGCUGAGGCUGCCCUGGGCUCUCAGGAGGAGCGAGGCGAGGUGGCCGAGCGGGACCAGGGCGCGGGGCCUGAGGAGGAGAUCGUCAGCCUGUCCAUCGAGUUCCACCGGGACUGCAGGGAGGAGCUGAGAGGAGCCACCGAGAACGGGGACCUGGACAAGGACAAGGCGGCGCCGCGCCCGCCGGGGCCGGGGCUGCGGUUCCUGCGCUGCCCCGCGGCCAUGACGGUUCUGCACCUGGCCAAGUUCCUGCGCAACAAGAUGGACGUGCCCAGCAAGUACCGGGUGGAGGUGCUGUACGAGGACGAGCCCCUGAAGGAAUAUUACACCCUGAUGGACAUCGCCUACAUCUACCCCUGGAGGAGGGGCGGUCCCCUGGCGCUCAAGUACCGCGUCCAACCCUCCCGCCAGCGGCUCCGGCUGUGCCCGGCGCUGCCACCCGAGGCCACCAACACCAGCGGCGCCUCCGAGGGCUCCGAGUCCGGCAGCGACAGCGCCCAGAGCCCCGGGCUGGCAUCGCCCCCCGGGCUGGCAUCGACCCCCGGGCCCGCCCUCAACGGCUCCGCCUCGAACUGUCACCCGGUGCCACCCGCUUGUCACCCGGUGCCACCCGCUUGUCACCCGGUGCCACCCGGAUGUCACCCGGUGCCACCCGGCCGCGGCCGCAAAACCGCCCUGAACGGCAGCGCGGGCUCGGCCCUGAGCUAA